AUGCAUAAAAUCAACUACAGCAGCAAUAAUGAAAAAAUCCAGGCUCUGUAUCAAGAGCUCUUCUCACAAGAUACCUAUGAUUUCCUGGCUCUAAUUAUUGCAAUUGUUGGAAUGCUAGGAGUGAUCAAUAAUCUGCUGGUUAUGAUAAUAUUUUAUAAAUUUAAAAGACUGAGAACUCCUAAAGAUCUUUUCUUUUUUAAUGUCAGCUUUAGUGAUUUAUUUGUUUCUAUUUCUGGACUUGUUUUUACCUUUUCAUCAUGUGUGACAAGGAAGUGGACCUGGUAUACCAAAGGAUGUGUAUUUGAAGGAUUUAUCACCAAUCUGUUUGGUAUUGUCUCAAUACUUACUCUUACAUGUGUUGCAUAUGAGAGAUAUAUCCGAGUAUUGCAUGCUAAAGUUAUUGAUUUUUCAUGGUCUUGGAGAUCCAUCUCUUUUAUUUGGCUGUAUUCAUUUGCCUGGGCUGCAGCACCUAUUCUUGGAUGGAACAGAUAUUUGCUUGAAAUUCAUGGAAUAAGUUGUUCUAUGGAUUGGACAUCAAAUGAUCCAAAUGACACUUUUUUCAUUCUCUUUUAUUUUUUGGCUUGCAUUGUAGUACCUGUAGGUUUUAUGUUCUUCUGCUAUGGACGCAUUUUACAUGGAAUUAGAAAGCUUUCACGUGUUCAGAACCUUCAAGAUAUUCAAAAAGUCAAGAUCAUGGAGACUGAAAUAAAAAUUGGUAAAAUAUUUCUAUUGAUGAUAUGCACAUUACUGAUUUGCUGGAUUCCACGUUCUGUGAUAUCUCUCUUACUGACGUAUGGCUAUAAAAAACAAAUCACUACUACAACAGCACUUAUACCAACUUUCCUUGCCAAAUCAAGUGCUGCAUAUAAUCCUGUGAUCAACAUUUUCAUGCUUAAAAAGGUAUAG